AUGUCCUUCAACCCAAUGUCUCCACCAUCACCAAGUGUCUAUGGAACACCAAGUCCUGAAUCUGAAAACAUGGAAGCAAAUAGGGCAGCAAAGGUGAACAACAAAAGAUAUUGGACUCAUGAAGAGGAAGAAAGACUGGCCAGUGCUUGGUUGAAUACUUCUAAAGACCCAAUUCAUGGAAAUGACAAGAAAGGUGAUACAUUUUGGAAGGAAGUCACUGACAUGUUUAACAAGAAAGGAGAAGGGAAGCGUAUAAGAGAAGCAAACCAACUGAAGAUUCACUGGUGCCGCCUCAAGGCAUCGAUCGGUGACUUCAAUGAUUAUUGGAUUAAGGCAAAUCAAAUGCAUACAAGUGGUUAUUCAGAUGACAUGCUGGAGAAAGAGGCACAGGAGAUGUACGUAAACAGGUUUGGAAAGCCUUUUACAUUGGUGCAUUGGUGGAAGAUACUAAAAGAAGAACCCAAAUGGUGUGCACUGUUUGAUACAGAGAAAGACAAGGCUGAAGUACAUGAUAUUCCAGAAAAGCAGAUGCGUCCCAUUGGUAGAGAUAGUGCGAAGGCUGAGCGCAAUGGAAACCACAAGAAGGCAAAAUUGAUGGAUGGUAUUGUAAACCUUGGAGAUACUGUUGAAAAAAUUGUCAAGGUCCAGGAAGAUCGGAAGAUGGAGCUUGAGAAGAUCGCCGAAGCACAAAUUCAGAUAUCAAAGGAUGAAAGCAAGGUUGAAGGCAAUCUGAAAGCAAGCUACCUUAUCAAAUGCCAAUCUGGUCCAGUACCCCAGAUUGUCACUUUUGUUGUCAUCGUAUGCCAUGGUGCUAUUUUGGUUAUGUGA